GGACCUGAAGGGGAGCUGACCCGCUACAAGUCUAGGCUUGUGGCACGGGGGUUUCAGCAGACAAAAGGGAAGGACUAUGAUGAGGUGUUUGCUCCUGUGGGGAAAGGAACAACACUG